CGGGCCCGCACGCAGCGCCGAUCCCGGCCCGCGGCGGCGGACGCGGCCUCCCGGCCCCAUGGACGGGGACAAGAAAAGAACUAAAGAAGACACUUGGAAAGCAGAAGAACUUAGGAAACAUCUAAAGGCAGCACUACUAGAGAGUCAAAAUGAAGACCAAAAACCUAGAGAGAAGAAAUUGCCAAGAGAGAGGAGUGUUCAUGACAUAAACCCUUACAGACAUGAAUACAGAGGCAGAGAGAAGAGCAAGGAGAGAACAAGAGAGAGAGAGAGGUUUAAAUCCAGUGAAAGGGACAGGGAUAAAAGGAGAGAAAGGGAAAAAGAACAGCAGAGAGAAGACCGAGAGAGACACAAAGAUAAGGUGCCAGAGUCAUGGCUGGAGGAGAGACACAGUGCACUGAAAUACAGAGACAGGGACACUGAUAGAGAACGAGACAAAAAGCACAGGACAUAUGAGAUAAUAGAUCCCCGAAAUUAUCUGAAAUCAUUUGAAGGAAGAGAUACAGAGCAUCACAGAAGAAGAGAAAUCAGGCAUCAUUUGGAGGAGGAGAAAACAAGAGCUGAAGAGAGAGAAAGAAGACAUAAAGUACAGAAGGAUAAUGAUUUAAGAAAGCAAAUUGAAAAAUUUUUGGCCUACAAAAUUGAAGAAGGUGAACGUGUGCGCAAGUUAGAGAAACAUCAAGAGUUGGAUAAAGAGAGAGAAAGAAAAUACAGAGAAAAAAAAGAACAUUCUUCUGGGACAGAAAAAGAGAGGCUUUCUACAGAGAAAAGUUAUAAACAUUAUGGAAAGGAAGAGGAGGAAAAACAUAAAACAAAGAGAUCUAAAGAAAAAUCUUCCCAUGGAGACAGAGAAGGGUCAGAGGCAGAAGCUGAUGAGAGAGUAAAAAGUAGAGAAAAGGAAAGAAGGAAAUAUGAUCUAAAGAGCAGUGAAUAUAAAAAGGAGGAGAGGAUUCAAGAAGAAAUGAGCCAUCAGCUUGUAAGGACUGUAAAAGAUAAAGGAAAACUCAUUGAAACAGAGGACAUGGACACAAGACAAGAGGAAAUGAAAGAUACACACAUCUCUAAUCCAGACACAGAAUUUAAGGAUUUUUCCCUCAAUUAUGAAGAUGACUUUGAAGUCUAUGAAGAUGAUUUUGAAGAUGAUGAAGACAAAAGUAGUGAAGUAGAAGAUGCAGAAGAAAAUCUAAGAGAGGUUCAGUUUUCCAGAACAUCAGAAAUUGAAGAAAUUCAAAGAGCAAUUACUGAAGAAAAUGAUAGAAUUUUUAAUCCAUUGCCAAAGAAACUGGAAAAUGAAAAAAAGGAGCCAGUCAUGGAAAGGCAAGAUUCUUCUGUCAGAAGCUCUUUUUGUGGAAUAUUCAUGGAUUUCCAAAUGGCAAACCAAAGACAAAGCAGCCGAAGUUUGGCCAGUAAGCAGAAAAAACGGACUUCAGAACUUCUCCCGCUAAUUGACCUGGAUUUCUCAGUUAGUUUUUCACUACUGGAUUUGCCCCCUGUCAAUGAGUACGACAUGUAUAUCAGGAAUUUUGGCAAAAUGAACACUAAGCAGGCAUAUGUUCAGUGUAAUGAGGACAACCUUGACAGAGACAUUCAGACUGAGGAAGUUGAGACACUGGAGAAAUGGACACAGCAUCCAGGAGAAAGUGCUCUUGUAUCUGGAGGUCCCAUAAACAACCAGAAUACAUCAGUGAAUGGAGCUCCAACACCUAAAAUUGAUUCACAAAGAUUAGCAAAUUUUCUCCGGUCUGCAUGCCAGGUGAUUGCUGUUUUGCUAGAGGAAGAUCAAGUUGCAACACAACCCAGGAAACUAAGAUCUCGACAAACCAGUCUGUCUAUUAGUGAUAGCUGUUUCCAGUUAAAUACUAACCAGCCAUUCCUCCAUGGCCGAAAAAUCUCCUGCUUGUAUGUCUCCCAAGUUCAGAGGCAGACAAUGCUCUCUGCUCAUGGAUUACCUGAAAAGGCAGGUGUGGGUUUGCUGAGCAGAAAGAGCCUUAUAUGUGUUUGGAACAUCUGGCAGCCCUCCAGUCCUCAGAAAGUUUUAAUAUGUGAUUCAGAGGUGAUGUGUUGCUGCUUUAGUCCCAGUAAAGCAACAUUAGUUUUUGCUGGAACAGCAGAUGGUUCAUUGUUGGUGUGGGAUCUUCGCGAAGACUCAAGAAUGCACCCUUGUAUGAUGAUCUCAGAAACUGAGUGGACAUUUAGAGUUCCCACAUUUUCCACAGAUGGCAUUCUAAACUCAGUAAACCACACCUCUCCCAUACUGGCAGUGGAACCUGUCUCAACUUGUCUCAGCAGUGACCACAGUUAUGGGCUCUCAAGCCUCUCUUAUCAGGAGGAAAUGUCAAGCCCUCCAUUCCAGAUAGCUUCAAUGGAUGAAAAUGGAAUCCUCAAUAUGUGGGUGGUUGUUGAAUUGCAGAAAGCAGAUCUAGCUGGUUCACAAACUGACUUAGGUUUAGUUCCUGGAGGGAAAGUGAAGUUAGUACAUAGCUCAACUAUGGAAUUGAGUAACAGCCUUUUCCCAAAGGAUAUUAGCCAGAGAAUGCCACAGACACUGACUAUUAAAUUUCUGUCUUCUAAUCCCAAUCACUUCAUUGUUGGAACCAACAUUGGUCUGGUAGGCCAUGGUACAAGACAUGAUUUAAAAGUUGUUCCAAAGCUAUUCAGGCCCCAGGAGAGCAGACUGAGAUCAAUAAGCAUCACUGCAAUUGAUUUCUUCCCUUUUGGAAAGCCACUGUUUUUGGUUGGCUGUUCAGAUGGAAGCAUUAGACUACACCAGAUGACAUCAGAGCAUCCCCUCAUGCAGUGGAAUGGCAGCACAAAGGGCCAGCCAAUUAUUGCCCUGCAGUGGGCUUUGACAAGACCUGCUGUGUUCUUUGCCCUGGAUGCAUCAUCCAAUAUUUACAUUUGGGAUCUUCUGGAAAAUGAUUUGUUGCCUGUGGCCAAGCAGACUAUGCCAUCAGAGAGGGUUGUAACUAUGACUCUUCUGGGAGAGCCAGAAAAAGCAAAUGGAUUGUUAGGCAUUGUGCUGGCCAAGGAAUCUGGACACAUAGACAUUCAGUAUGUAAAGAAGAAAUGGGCAUUACCUCGGCCUGAGGAAUCUGAAAAACUGUAUUCUAUUUUAUUGCAGUCUUUUUAGAAACAGGGUUGUACAAUUUAUUGCAAAAUGUGUAGUUUAUUUUUUACUUCAAUUAAAAAUUUUAAUGUAAUUUGUAUAUAACUAUUUGUGUAUAUUUUAAAGACUAUCAAUACAAUAUUUCAAGUGAAACAAUAUAUUUUAUCAUAAAAAUGACAGAAUCAAAUUUACCAUUAUUGCACUAAAAAUGUGAUGGCUGUGUUUCAUUAUUGAAGGUACUCUAGAUGUAUAUAUAUUUUUAAAAAUAGCAAAAAUACAUUCCUAUAAAUUGCACUGUUGUUUCUCUUUAUUUCACUGUGAAAUAAAUCA